UUGCCCAGAAGAUUGUAGCAACAAGGAAGAAACAACAGCUUUCAAUAGGACCCUGCAAAUCUUUACCAAACUCUCCAAGUCACUCAUCUGUGUGUUCUGCCCAGGUUUCUGCUGUACAUAUCAGCCAGACCAGUAAUGGAGGAGGGAGUUUAAGCGAUUAUUCCUCCUCUGUCCCAUCAACUCCAAGUACCAGCCAGAAGGAGCUACGGAUUGAUGUUCCUCCCACUACCAACACUCCAACGCCCGUUCGUAAACAGUCCAAACGCCGAUCCAACCUCUUCACGUCUCGGAAAGGGAGCGACCCAGACAAAGAGAAGAAAGUCCUGGAGAGCAGAACAGAUAGCAUUGGAAGCGGCCGUGCAAUCCCAAUUAAACAGGGUAUGCUGCUAAAGCGAAGUGGCAAAUCAUUGAAUAAAGAGUGGAAGAAGAAAUAUGUUACAUUGUGUGACAACGGUGUACUUACCUAUCAUCCCAGUUUACAUGACUACAUGCAGAAUGUUCAUGGGAAGGAAAUUGAUCUAUUGAGAACCACUGUGAAAGUCCCUGGAAAGAGGCCACCUCGAGCUACAUCAGCUUGUGCACCCAUCUCCAGUCCCAAAACUAAUGGCCUGUCCAAAGACAUGAGCAGUUUACACAUCUCGCCUAAUUCAGGAAAUGUGACUACUAGCACUUCUGUGUCUCAGAUGGCAAGUGGGAUCAGUCUAGUCUCCUUCAACAGUCGUCCUGAUGGUAUGCAUCAGCGCUCCUACUCAGUCUCCAGUGCAGACCAAUGGAGUGAGGCAACGGUCAUUGCAAACUCUGGCAUCAGCAGUGAUACUGGUUUGGGAGAUUCUGUGUGCUCAAGUCCAAGUAUAUCCAGUACUACCAGUCCCAAACUGGAUCCUCCUCCUUCCCCUCAUGCCAACAGAAAGAAACAUCGCAGGAAGAAAAGCACUAGCAAUUUCAAAACUGAUGGUAUCUCAGGCACUGCUGAAGCCAAACGCAAAGCUUGGAAACUAAACCGUGUUGGUAGCCUGCGAAAUAUAUACAGCAGCAGCAGUACCAACACUGAAGAACAAGAGGAAAACUUUGAGUUUAUCAUUGUGUCCCUCACUGGCCAGACUUGGCACUUUGAAGCAACCACAUAUGAAGAAAGAGAUGCAUGGGUGCAAGCCAUAGAGAGUCAGAUACUGGCCAGUCUACAGUCAUGUGAGAGCAGCAAGAAUAAGUCCCGACUGACAACUCAGAAUGAGGCCAUGGCCCUUCAGUCAAUAAGAAACAUCAGAGGCAAUUCUCACUGUGUGGACUGUGAGGCUCAAAACCCUGACUGGGCCAGCUUGAAUCUGGGAGCCCUAAUGUGUAUUGAAUGCUCAGGUAUACACCGAAACCUUGGCACACACCUAUCACGUGUCCGGUCACUUGACCUGGAUGACUGGCCAAUAGAACUCAUCAAGGUGAUGUCCUCCAUUGGGAAUGAAUUAGCAAAUAGUGUUUGGGAAGAAAGUAGCCAAGGACGUAUGAAACCAUCAUCAGACUCCACAAGGGAAGAAAAAGAACGCUGGAUACGUGCUAAAUAUGAGCAGAAGCUCUUCCUUGCCCCGCUGCAGUGCUUGGAGCUUUCCCUAGGCCAGCACCUGCUGCGAGCUACAGCUGAGGAAGACCUGCGGACCGUCAUCCUGCUCCUGGCCCAUGGCACGCGGGAAGAAGUAAACGAGACGUGUGGAGAUGGAGAUGGGCGUACUGCCCUGCACUUGGCCUGCAGGAAAGGAAACGUUGUGCUCGUACAGCUCUUAAUUUGGUAUGGUGUGGAUGUUAUGGCCCGUGAUGCCCAUGGAAACACAGCAUUAGCCUACGCCAGACAAGCCACAAGCCAGGAAUGCAUUGAUGUUCUCCUGCAGUAUGGUUGUCCUGAUGAGCGUUUUGUCCUUAUGGCUACACCCAAUUUGUCCAGGAAGAACAAUAACAGGAACAACAGCAGUGGAAGAAUGCCCACCAUCAUCUGAGGAACUUGGGUAGUUUUCAGUGACCUAAAUAGUGUCUGCAGCCUCAUAGCUCCAUUUCUUUCACAGCUCUGACUUGUGUCAGAGUCUUAUAACUUUCCUUUCCCUUUUUCCCCUCUAUCCCUGUCCCAUCAAAAACAAACAAGCAAACAAAAAGCAUAUGUGGACAGUGCGAAGGGACAAGAAGGAGAAAAAGGGGGCUGCAGAAACCGUUAGUUAAAAAAAAAAUGUCUAGAAUGAUGAAAAGGGGGGUGAGAGAGAGUUUGGUUAUGGGUUCUCUAAUCAUAGCACAUGAUAUUGGACCAUUUUACUGGCUGUCUCCAGGCAUAGGCUGUACGAGUGUUGAAGGAGGGGAUAGAGGCAGAAGAAAGGAGGAAGAAGAAAAGAAAGAAAAAAUGGUAACUUUUCUUAAAUGACAGUUAAGCACAUCGGUACAUUUCACCUCUACCAAACGGAACACUUGGAUUUCAUUCUCUUCUCUGAAGAGCUUGACGGCAUAAAUCAGAAGCAAGCACAGAGUUUGUCAGGUUUGAAGCUCCUAUGAUGGUAUGUGUCAAAUCAGUUGUAGCUAAUCUGUCCAGGGAGAAUACUGGCUUCAUUACACUUGUAUAGUUGAGUUCUUCCAGCAUUACCGCUGUUUAAUAGAACAUGAUUAGUCAUCACGGAGAAAAAAGCAUAUUAGCUGAGGAGGUAGUUACAUGGCACGCUUCGGUGAUUGCUUGGAUGUGAUUGCAAUAUUCUUAGAAGCAUCAUAUUAUCUCAGACAUGUUCUUUCAAGCCCUUGGAGCCCUCCUUUCUAAAUUCACUGUCAUAAUUUAGUAUCUGUUUAAUUUUUCAGUCCAAAGAGAGGAAAUCAGUUGCUGAGUGUUAUUUGACUGCAGUCUCCUUAGUGUAAAAACAAAAUGGAAAAAAUAAAUAAGGGUAACUAUGAAACACAAAAAGGAAUAAUGAAUACUGCUAAGGAAAAACAUUUCAAGUACAUUUAGUAAAAUAAAUACAUGCAUAAAAGGCUAAUAUUUUUUCAGCCACGAGAGAGAUGUCAUUUUGCCACGGUAAAUGUCUUGCGUUUUUGGUCACUCCUGUGAUGCAUUGCCUAAGUUAUACAGAUUUUUGUAUUGUGUCGUUAGAUUAUAUGUAUGUAAAAUCUAUUUGAAUAAAAAAAUUCAUAAAUAUG